CGGGGCUUCCCCUUGCGGUUUUGUUUGUAAUCUUGCGCGUUCCCGGAAGACGCCUCAGUUAUCGCAGGAGACGGAGAGCGACAUGAAGCCCGCGGUGUGUGCGGCCGUCCUGGCCCUGCUCGGCGCCAUAGCGAGCCCUGGAGCCUUUGGCAGACUGACCAUCUCUGGGCCGCAGACUCCAGUCCUGUUGGGUGAAGAUGUGACCCUGGAGUGUUUGUCCGACACCGACACUGACAUGGCAAAUUACACUUUUGAAAAAUACAUCAAAUGGAUGAGGUCCUGGGUGCAGCUCGACUCCUCCCGCUACCUGAGAUGUUGGUACUACAACGUCAACGUAAGCCGCAGCGGCGAGCGGCUGCUCAUGCACCUCAGUGACAUCACCGAGUGGCAGAAUGGACCGUACCGCUGCGUGAAGACCGGCAACCAGACCGGGGAAGACGACGUGUCCGAGGAGCUGACCGUCAAACUGCUCGAUCUGAAGGAAAUCUAUCUGGAGAAGCUUCACUCGUUUUCCAGCAGUGUGCCCGAUAUCUUGUGGGCAGAGAAAGGAUCUACGGUGGAGGUGAAGUGCUCGGCCUCCUCCUCAGAGGAGCCCUUGUACGAGUGGAGCCAGGAGUUCAGCGACUGGAUUCUACCUUCUGAUACCCUCGUUCUCAAAAAUGUAAAUGAAGAAUCGGAAGGGAGGUACAUCUGCCAGGCUCGGCACCCAGAAGAGGCGGACCUGGUCAAGACGCGGUCCUUCCAGCUGCUGGUGAUGAAUAAGAGUCCUGAAGAAGUCCGAGGUGUCUUGUCCAGCCUGAGCUUUGGAGAUGUCCUCCUGUAUAUUGCCAUCCCCGGGGCCAUGCUCACUGUCCUGCUGUUUAUGCUCUUGGUUAUUAUGAUUCGUCACCGCAAUAAACAGCUGAGGAAACCACAAAUCAGCCUGGUGGAUGGUGAGAAGAGGUCCCCCAUAUAUAAAGGAAGCCUCCAGUCUGUGCACACUACCUGCUCGGACACGCAGCCCUUGGUGAUAUGAUUGGCGUCGCAGCCCGACCAUCCCGUCUUCAGCCGGACGGCGCCUCCCCUCCCCCACGUCAUCGCUCUGCUUCCUGUGUGCCUUUACAAUAUCGGUGGAGGGAAUUUCGAGGGACAUAAAGGAGUGGAAAUUUUUUUUGUGGUUCUUGCUAAUCGGGGGGAAAAUCUCCUGUAUUGAUGGAGCCGUGCGCAGUAACUGCCCCCCAAUCGAUGCUUAUUGCACUGGUGAUCACUGUAUCAUGGCUUCUUCUGCAGCGGGACAGGCACCAAAGAGUUAACCCUUUUCUUCUGGCAGUUGUGGUUCAUUAAGUAUUUUCGCUUGUGUCGCCCCUCGGGGGCGUCUUGCGCUCCGGUCUACGAGGAAUGUUGCCCUUUGACCCUCGGUUGACGGAUUGGAGGACGUUUCCCUCCAGUGACCCGUCGGUGCCACUUACCGUAUUCUUAAAGGGCAGCGUUAUGUGAGGAGGCGCGGAGCUGGAGGGCCUCAUUAUAGCCAAAGGUACAAGAUGAUGUAGAACUACAAAGCUCAGCAUGCCAAAGGUGUUUUUUAAUUUUAUAUUAAUGUGAAUUGUAGGUGUCAUUUUAGGUCUGAGGUCUAGCUCCCCCCUGCCCUUUUCACAGCAGCCAUUCUGAACAGGCUGGCCUGCAGUGUAAAGUAUGGGGGGGGGGGGGGACAAGGACAAUGCAGCUGCCGGAGGUAGAUCUGUUGGAAAUCUAAUCAUCUGGGUUCAGGCUACAGUAGAAGAAAACAGCAGGUCAUCAUUACCUGACUGAUGGGCUCUAAGGGGGGCCUCUGCUUUGAACAACCUACCGGAUAGAAUAUCACAUUACCUGGCAGUAAGUCCUCCUUUUCCCUGCAGUGCCCCCGCAGGGCGUAUGAAGUAUUACACAGCCAGCUCCUAUCUAUGGGUUGUCUGGAUGGGUCCUCCAGAGACGCUCUGUGACCGCCGUACAUUUACAGGUAAGGCUACGUUCACAUUAGCGGUUUUUGCGGAUCCGCCUGCAUUUUGGUGACCCCCAUUUCGCUCAUUGACAAUAAAUGAGGACAAAACUGAAGCGUUUUCUUCCUAUGACGGAUCUCAAUAGCGGAAUUGAAAACGCUAAUGUGAACGUAGCCUAAUCUAACCUAACCAAAGGCCCGCGGCGGCUACAUAGGGUGGAGGACCCCGCUUGUCCAUGUAUUACUGGAUUUCAGUAGGCACUGCAAUACUUCACUUCCCCUGUGGGGACGCUGCAGGGAAACUGAACACUUACUGCCCAUCCUCCUAUCAAUAAAGGCAGAGUCCAAGCAGGAGCCCCCUUUAAGGCGGUCAGUGCAGGAGGGACUUCUCGGGUAUAGGGCGAGCGUGCUACUAGCAAUCAUCAGUGCAGCCUCUAUAGAAGGGCAUGCUGGGAGUUGUAGUCGAUGGGGUUGAUCUGCAUGGUUUCGGCCUCCUCCUCCGGCGCGUCACUCUCCAGGCCGCGUCUACCUACCUUGUAUACUUAUGAAUGUUUUCUACGUGUGCCGUGUUUCCUAAUAAAUCAGAUCUUCUA